AUGGGAUCAAUGUUUUUUGAGGAAACAAAUUUUAAUAAUUUAAAAUUGGAUAUCCAGACAAAUAUUAAUUUUAAAAAAAAUUUCGGAAAUUUAAAAGAAUUGAGUUCUUACUCAACUAAUUACAGUAUCCCUUCAUCAAACAUUGAUACAUUAUAUUAUUCCAAAACUUUAAGUGAAGUUAAUUCACUUUUUCCGAAUGAAAAUGGGAAUAAUGAUUUAAAAAUGAAUGAAAAGGGAAUUAGUAAUAAUUAUGAUUUAAAAGAUGGGAUAUUACCAGGGUUUAUCUUGAAUAAAAAUGAAAAGGAUGAAGAAAAAAAAAUUGAAGUAGAUCUUAAUAAAGUAAUGAAUGAUAUUUUUUUUUUGUGUUUUCAUAAAAGUGGUUGUGAAUAUAUAAUAAAAAAAUUAAAAGAAAAUGGCAAUGAGCAAAAACAAAUAAUACUAAAAUCACUUUUGAUUGAUGUUCGUUCACUAUGCCCUGAUGUUUAUGGGAGUUAUGUAGCUCAGACAAUAUUUGAUUUGAAAGAUGAAAAGUAUAAAGAACUUUUUACUGAUGAAUUUUUGAGUUAUACUAGCUUUCUUACUUUACACACAUAUGGUUGUAGGCUUAUUCAGAAAUCAUUGGAAUCCUUAUCUGAUGAAUAUAAAUGUAAAAUAUUCAAAGAAUUAGAAGAUGAUUUAAUCACAUAUAUAUGUCAUCAAAAUGGGAAUCAUGUUAUUCAGAAAUGCGUUGAGGUUUUGCCAUCUAAUUAUAUUGAUAUAAUUAUAAAUAUUAUUGAGGAAUAUUUACCAUUUUUAAGUUCUCAUGCAUAUGGAUGCAGAAUUGUUCAAAGAAUUUAUGAGAUUGGAAAUGAAAAUCAAAUUAAUAGACUAAACGAAAAAAUUAUAAAAAAAAUUCAUUUAAUCAAGAAUAGAUAUGGUAAUUAUGUUAUUCAGAAAUGUUUCGAAUACUCAAAUGACACAAUAAGAUUUAUUAUUACUGAUGCAAUUGUUAAUGAUAUCUAUAAGUUAUCUUCUCACAAAUAUGCUUGCAAUAUAAUUGAAAAAAUAUUAUUGAAAAAAGAGUAUAAAUACAAAAAAAAAAUUAUCAAAAAAAUUAUUAAUGAUAUUUCAGAAGGGAAUGAAAAUAUUAUAAAUAUUUGCAAAGACUGUUAUGGAAACUUUAUGAUGCAGAAGUUACUAACAACUUGUAGAAAAAAAGAAAGAAAUUUAAUUGUAAAAACAAUUAUUGGCAAUUUAGACAAAUUAAAGAAUGAAACUUAUGGUAAAUAUAUUCUAAGAGCUAUCAAUAAUUUAGAUUCUUAA